AUGCACGCAAAGAACUUGAUUGUUGCCUUGGCUCUGGCCUCUUCCUCUGUUGUCGAAGCAAACCGACCACGCAUGUACAUCCCUCGACAAGUCAAGCGAGAAGUCGGGAACAAUGCACCAGAAAACCAACCAGCUCCUGUGAUAGAGAAGCGGGAGCCUGCUGAUUCGUUCAUCAAGAGCCUGAUUGACAAGAACAGCCGAAAACAAGCGAGCCAGGAGGAUGGCGUCAACUUCGACCCAACACUACCUCUGGGCUUCAAGAAGUCUGGACCUAGUGCCAGCGCACCAGCUCUCAUCAUUCAGCCAACAACAAGCGAGGCCCUGACCACCGAACUUGCUGCCUCGACCGACGCUCCCACAGAAGCCGAUACUGGCAUUCUCCUAGCACCCAGUGGUAUCGUCACAUCAAAGACAGCAGCUGAACCCGCCAAGACGACAGCAGAUGCGGUCAAGGAGCCUUCGACCGAGGCACCGAAGAAGGAGGAGACGAAGCCUGCCACCACUUCCGAUGUCGUUGCCAAACCUGCUACCACUGAGAAGCCUAAGGAGGAGACCAAGCCCGCAGCUACCACAGCACCUGCUGUUGAGGAAUCUUCAUCUGCCAAGACUCCUGAAAAGAAGCCUGUCGUCGAGACUAAGACCGAGGCGCCUGUCCCCGUCGAGACCGUGACCGAGCCCGCUGUCGUUGAAACCAAGACCGAGAAACCAGUCGAGUCCAAGACUGAGAAGCCCAGUGCUACUAAGGGCCUUCUCGAUCCGGUCGAGAGCAUCUUGACAUCUGUGCUCCCCGUUGCUUCCGACUCUAAGAAGGAGACUAAGACCGAGGAGCCAGCAGUUGAAACCACCGAGAAGCCCAAGACCGACAGCGAGAAGGAGACUCAGUCAGCUCCCGUCGAGACCGAGACUGCUAAGCCCGCUGAGCCGGAGACCACAAGCCCAGCUGUGGAGAAGCCUGCUCCCACUAGCAAGGGCCUUCUUGAUCCCGUCGAGACUCUGUUGUCUUCGGUUCUUGCUGAGCCCGCCGACUCCAAGACCAAGGACCCUACGGCUGACCAGACUGAGUCCAUCUCUCAACCCGAGGAGACUGGAACACCCACCAAGGAUCCUCAGCGUGAUGCCUCUAAGCCCCAAACUGAUGGUCAGACUCUUCCAACCUUCAGCCCUCCGGCUGACGAGACCACCGCCGCCCCUAAGACUGGUGAGACUUCCAAGGAUGGUCUGCUUGACCCCGUUGAGACUCUUCUGAGCUCCGUCUUGCCCAACCAGCCUGAUGUCAAGACCACGUCUCCUGAGGAAUCUUCAGCUCCUGUUGACAGCCAGCCUACCUCUGCUUCCCCCAAUGGUUCUGAGCAGACUGUUUCCGCUGCUCCUUCAACCGAGCCUGAGACCACUGGCCCUGCUGAGAUCAUCCCUACCAGCAUUCUGCCCGAUCCUACCAACAUCCUUCCUGUUCCUACCGAUGUCACAUCUGCUGUUCCUGAGGCCUCAAGCCCGGUCACUGUUUCACCUGUGGUACCUACAACUGCUUCUCUCCCUGAAAAGUCUGAAAGCGGUUCCCCGGACGUUACUUCAUUCCUGGACCCCAACACCAAGUUUCCCCAAACUGGCAGUGUUGCACCUACUGAUGCUCCCAACACAACUGUGCCUGAAGUGACAUCUGGUAUCGAUGUUACGCCUGAGCCUACCAGCGAGCCUAUCAACGGAACGGAGACCAUCCCUAAUGUUACGGGUGAGCCUCAGACUACUGGUGCCCCCGAGCCUACCAGCGUCGCCACUGAGGAGCCAACAAACAUCACUCAAAGUGCUAUUCCUACUGGAGCUCCCACCAAUGAGCCCUCAGGAAACACCACAGCGCCUGCUACUGAGCCUGCUACUGAGCCUGCUACUGAGCCUGCUACUGAGCCUGCUACUGAACCUGCCACCAAGCCUGUUGACACAGCUUCUGGCUCUGUUCCUACUGGCAGCCCUGCCACUGAGACUGAUGCGGAAACCAAUGGCACUGCUACCGUUGAGCCUACCAAGCCUGCUACUGACGUUGAGACUCAAAGCGCUCCUGCGACCGAAGGCGAGCAGACCUCUGCUGUUGCCCCCACAGAUGAGCAGCCUUCAGUUGCGCCCACUUCGCAACCUCCUGUUGAGACCGAGACCAGGCCUGAGCCUGAGCCUACUACUCUGGUUCCCACAGCUGCUGUUCCUGUUACCAGCAUCCGACCUACUGCCACCCUCACCAACACCAACAACUGGCUGCCCACCACCAUUGUCUUCGAGCCUACAUCUAUCCCCGCACAGCCUUCGCAGCCGACUGAGACUUCAACCUCCACCGGCCUUCCUGCUAACAUUCCCCGUGUUAUCCUUCCUAACGAUCCCAACAAGCCUAUCCCUGAAGGCUCUGUUCCCAUCCAGCUGGGUUUCUUGUUCCCUUUUAACUACAAGUUCCUGGCUCGCAACACUGUCGCAGCUGCUCAGCUUUUCAAGUACCUCCCCAAGGGUCUUGCUGAUGCUGGUGGCUUCUCCAAGGACCGCAUUCUCGUUAGCAAGAUUGUUCCUCUCGACACACAGUCCCAGUGGGGAUAUAUCACUGCUCUCGCCAAGAUCCAUUAUCCCGAGAACAUGAUCGACAGUCUCCAGGCUGACCUCAUCACCCCCAACUCGCCAUUGUACAACAAUGAUCUUGAGAUCGUCCGUAACCUGACCUCCGUCAUCAACACCAAGAUUGACAUCUUUGGUGACUCGGACACCGACAAUAACACAGAUAAUGGUAACUCGGAUGAUGCCAAUAGUGGCAACGGCGAUGUCUUCGGUAACAGUGGCGAAGGUGACAAGUCUGCCAAGCAGAAGGCCACCACUGCUGGUAUUGCUGUUGGCGCUGUUGGUCUCAGUGUCAUGUAUGGUGCUGCUAUGUUCUUGGUCGCCCGACGAUACAAGCGCAAGAAGCAACAGGGCCACCGCCGUGCUAGUUCCAUUGGCAGCAGCCAGCGUUCUUCUGAGAUGCAGUACACCGGUAACGGCAGCCCUGCUCUCAUGGGAGGUGCUUUGAUGAGCCGUGACUUCUCGGCAUAUGGCGCAACACAUGCUGAGCAAGGCCAGGUUCGUCCUGGAGGCCGUGACAGCCAUGGCAGUGGACGCAGUGGCAUGGGUAACUCUGCACGAACAGCGUACAUCUCUGCGCCUGUUGCUGCUGAGAACUCUCUUGGAUGGAACUGA